GCCUCGUCGAUCGAACGAUAUUCUGGAGAACUCAACAAUCGACCAUCCCACUCUCGUUUUCCCACGCCUCCACUCGGGUAAUGAGGGCCCUGCAGACCCAGCGAAUCAUCGGCGCUUUCUCCAGGCCGCUUGCAAGUCCCCCACUCGGCUUCUGCUGCGGUCUGCUCUUCCCCCGUCCCCACCGUCAUACCUGAAAUACUUAAAAAGUAGCCCCGACUCGGCCCUGUCGCGCGACUCGCUGUCCUCUCUCUUCCCCCCGACCGCACUCAUUCCAGACCCUGAUUUAUGAAAAGAGGAACGCCCCUGUCAUCGUCCUCCGUGCGCAUUGUGCAUAUUUAGCAUCUUUCGUAUAGAAUCAAUCGCCCUUCCCGAAACCCCCACCGCGAUCUCCUUUCCGAAUAUCACCGCAUCGUUUCGUCAUCCAUUCACCUACGGCAAAUUUCCCUGAAUUACACCUCUCCCAGGACCCGACGACUUGGACGUUUCCGUUCCUUACGAUAAAGCCGUAUCGCAUCCUUUUGCCUUCAGCAUCAUGCUCUCCGCCGGCGAUAGGCUUCAGCCUCCGCACUCAUCUGCUAGAGUAGAUUCGGCUUCGGUCUCCGUGGGCAAGGGGCACAUCAUGCCUAAUUUUGAUGCCAAACCCAACUCCUCCUCAAACCCGGCCAACUCGAUUCAGGAGACGCGCCCCACGCCGGCUCACGUCCAACAUAUCUGGAUUGUUACCGGUCCUGCAGGCAGCGGAAAAAGCACCGUCGGCAAUGGUCUGCGCUUAGAACUAGGGGUGCCCUUCUUGGAAGGCGAUGAUUACCACCCCAAAUCCAACAAAGAGAAAAUGGGCAACGGCAUCCCUCUUACCGACGAAGACCGUUGGGACUGGCUGAUCUCCCUCCGCAAAGCCGCCAUUGAAGCCCUCUCUCCCUCCGAAGCCAACAACUUCCACCCACCCGCCGGCGUCGUGGUCGCCUGUUCUGCACUGAAGCAGAAGUACCGCGACGUUAUGCGCGUCGCCGCCUACGGCUCGCCCUCCGUCCAGAUCCACUUUAUCUACCUCAAGCUCAGCGAGGAAGUUCUCAUGCAGCGCGUCAGCCAGCGUCAAUCCCAUUACAUGAAGAGUGACAUGGUCCGCUCUCAGAUGCAGGCGCUGGAGGAGCCAGAGAAAGAGUGGGAUGCCAUCACAGUCAAUGUCGAGGGUACCCCCGAGCAGGUGCAGCGUGAAGUGAUCCACACCGUGACGAAGAAGCUCUCAGAAUACCUAUGAGGGAUGAUUUCCCUGCAAUGGUUGACGAUGUGCGCAUGUUGUGGUUCUGCAUGCGAGGACUCGCACUUCCUCCGCUCGGUGUCAUUGGUGUUUUCUUUUGGUGAAAUCUGGAAUUAGCCGGCCCCAGACGGACUGGAAAUGGUUAUUACUUUUGCUGGAAUUUUUGGUAUGGGGAUCUGUUUGCCUGGCGUUUCGUUUUCUUUCCAUACGGCUUGCAUUUCUUUUUUUUGUCUGUGGCAUGAUUGUACGACUCUGCGUGGGUUCGUGUCUUGAUACCCCCAUAUGUCCGGGGCAGAUGCAUAGCAAAUACAGUCUUGGUUCUCAAUAGACUUGACAUGAUUCUUAAGACUGCAUUUGGCUGAAAGUUUCAGUCACGAAGAACUUGUUUGGUGUUG